AUCUCGAGUGUUUUGUUUGUUGAAGUUACAAAACAAACGGUGAUUAUCAAUGAUGUGUCUGGAUAUGGCUCAUUUUUAUAAUCAGUUUUGAGGAUUAAAUAAAUAAAGAGAAUCGUCUAUUUUACGGUUUAAGUGGAUUAGUUACCUAAAACUUUAAAAGGAAAGCAAUAGAGAGUUUAAGACUUUUUGAUCCUACAGUUUAUUGUACAAAUCUGUGCAUUAUUCUGAAAUGCGUGUUUCAUCAGUGGUCAGUAGUGAAGGUGAUCAACUUAAGACGUUCUUCACUGAAAAUAAUCGCCUACAGUAUUUUAUUGAAAAUAGUGUACUAUAUAUAAACAAGUUUUCAUCAAUAAAUCGUGAAGAUAACAUUGUCGAAAACAUUUCUUGUUAUUUCUUUACGUGAAUACUUCAUGGACCUCAAGACGCUCUUAUUCACUAUCUAUAUUGAUUAAAGAUGGAGGAAGGUGCGACUGAUAAAUUCCUUUUAAGACGACGCUCAGCUACAUUAAAACCACUCAAAGUUAAAGACGAACGCAUAGCUACCCUGAAAAAGGUAGCCGCGAUCUUGCAUAAAUCUGAAGUUGACCGAACUCCUGAAGAAAACGACCUUUUGUCCUCCUGUAGCGAUGUUGUAAAGGAAGUUAAUCUUAGGCAAGAAAAAAGGGAUAAAGUGAAAGCCAGAUUGGAGGAAGUUGAAGAUCCUCCAGAUAUUUUUGAAGAAAAAUGUAUGAGGUUAGCUGCAGCUAUCAGUAGAGCAUCAUCAUUGACUGUUUAUACUGGAGCAGGGAUUAGCACAGCUGCGUCUAUUCCUGAUUAUAGAGGUACUAAUGGUGUUUGGACACGUAUGCAGCAAGGAAAAGACAUUGGAAAUCAUGAUCUUAGUUUAGCAGAACCAACAUUGACACAUAUGGCAUUAUAUGCUCUCUACAAAGCAAAAAUAUUAAAGUACAUUGUCUCACAAAAUUGCGAUGGACUUCAUCUUCGAAGUGGCAUUCCUCGGACAAUGUUAUCUGAAGUUCAUGGAAAUAUGUACGUUGAAGUUUGUCGUAAUUGUAAGCCAUCAAGAGAAUACUGGAGAUUAUUCGAUGUAACUGAAAAAACUGCUAGAUAUUCACAUAGUACUGGGAGAUUGUGCCAUAAAUGCAACUCUAUUCUUCAAGAUUCAAUUGUACACUUUGGAGAACGGGGUAAUCUACCAUGGCCAAUCAAUUGGAAUGGAGCAACACGAGCGUCAAAGCAAGCAGACGUUAUCUUAUGCCUUGGAUCCAGUUUAAAAGUAUUGAAAAAAUAUCCCUGGUUGUGGCAAAUGGAUAGGCCAGUACAUAAAAGAGGUUCAUUGUAUAUUGUUAAUCUCCAAUGGACUCCUAAAGAUGAAAGUGCUGUGCUUAAGAUAAAUGGAAGGUGUGAUGAUGUGAUGACAAGGGUUAUGAACCACUUAGGAUUAGAAAUUCCUCAAUAUAAUCGGGUAAAGGACCCGAUUUUUUAUCAUGCUAUAAGACUGCAGCAGAAUGAGCUUAAUACAACUACACAACCAUUUUUAGAAGAGCCUCAAAUAACUUUAAGUAAGGCUUUGAAUGUUAAUAAGGAUAAAAUUAAAAGCUCUGACGCCGAUGGAACUAUGCCAAAAACGGAAGAAGACUGCACUUCACCAAUUGGACUUGCUGAUCAUUUAAAUGCUUAUUCAGCUCCAUUUUUCACCGCUUUACCAUUUUUAUCUAUGGGUUUGCCAUUUCCACCAAUGUUUUUUUAUCCUCAAUUUACACCACUACUGUAUUAUCAAUUUAUGCAAAAUUCAUCGACAAAGCAAGAAAUAAUUGAAGAAUCAAAACCUAAACCAACAUGUACGUUUUGUAUGGACAAUGAAGGAUCUCCAACUUGUCUUUAUUAUCAUCUUGAUGAUGAUGAUCGUGUGCUUAACGAAGUAACAUUGGGUGAAAAUGAACAUGAGAGUAGUAUUGAACAAAUCACCGAAUCUGAAGAUACUUCGACACCAACAUCAACUGCCAAAAAUCCUGGAUGGUUUGGCAAAGGCUAUCGCAAGGGUUUUCGCAAGAAACGGUAGCAUCUGCUCAUUACUUUGUGAUUAAUACUUGAUAUUUUAUGCUAAAAUAAAUGUAGACAGCAUAAAUAUCAAUCGGGAAACUAAGUAAUCUUCUGUUCAAACGCAAACAGUGUCCUAGAAUACAUAAAUUCCAUUAUCAAACUCAUCUUCAACUUAAUUUAAUGUUUGCGUAUAAAUAAUUCAAAAUUAUUUAAGACUCUGUUGUGUUAUUUUAUUAAGUAUUAUCAGUUUUAUUUAUUUAAAUACAUAAAUUCAUAAAUACAAUUUACCAAUUGAGUCUUUCACACAUUUAUAUCAGCGUAAAGCCAGGCGUUUCUGCGCAUGAGGUGUAUCCUAAGUGUGAGAUUAAAUAUAUAUCCUGUGAAUUCCCAAA